GCGUAAAUUUAUAUGAAUACAUACCAUUUUAUAACAUUUGUACUUAACAUAUUAAAACUACUUCAUGAAAUUGAGGUACUUGAUAUGUAUAAUUUUAUCCUUAUUACAUUGUGAGGUAGAGUGGAUACUUUUCUGCACACAAGUGGCUUUAUUCAUUAAAUAGCUCCUUCGCGUGUUCGGCGAAUUAUAAAUACUUUUUUCCGGACUCCAUGCGUAUCAAAUAUGACAAUGAAUGCGAGAUUUGAUCUUCUGGAGUCACUGUUUGCUUUUAUAAAACUUUUACUUCCCUGUUUUAAUUUGUGUGGUUUACAUGCACAGUCAUGUAUGUACUCGUUUUUAUCCUAGGGAUUUUUAUGUUUUCUUCUGCGUACGAAAAUCUGGCUCUUCGGAAACCGGCUUGGCAGAGUUCAUCACACGAUCCCGCUGUGUCAGGUCCCGACAAUGCGGUUGAUGGUUCGAAAACAGACUUAUCCUAUCAUGGAAAUACCUGUAGUGUGUCAGCUGGUAAAAGAAGCAAUGCUACCUUUUGGGUUAACCUAACAGAAAUUCGUAGCAUUUAUAACAUUGUGAUCUACUACAGGACGGACAAUGUUAAAUGGGGAUCAUCAAAUCAAUAUACAAGCAGAUUUAUGGGAUUCUAUGUGUACAUUUCAAACACAACAAAAAGAGAAGAUGGUCACUUGUGUUUUCAUGACAGAAACUACACCAGAGCCACAAUACCCUCCGUCGCUAACAUAACUUGCCCCUUCCAUGGACAGUACGUCAUCUACUAUAAUGAAAGACCAGUGAAAGACAGUUAUACAACUGGACACUCUACAAAUGCCUUUACUGAACUAUGUGAAGUCGAGGUUUAUGGCUGCUCAAGUCCUAGACGUUACGGAUCUAAUUGCUCAAAGGCCUGUCCGAAAAACUGCAAGAGGUACUGUCAAAUAGAAUCGGGAAAUUGUCUACAGUGUUCGCCUGGUUACGGAGGGGACCGCUGUGAACAAGUAUGUGAAACUAAAUUUUAUGGAGAUAAUUGUAACCAAACUUGUGGAUAUUGCAAAGAUGAUAAAACAUGCUAUCCAACUAAUGGGACGUGUUCAAACGGAUGCGCCGCUGGCUUUCAGGGCUUGCUUUGUAACACAGAAUGUGCACUUGGAUUCUAUGGAGAAGAUUGUCUCUUGACUUGUGGUAAAUGUAACUCGUCGAAUAAAUGUAAUCCAAAAAACGGGACCUGUCAACAUGGUUGUAUUGCUGGGUAUUUGGGCUUCCUUUGUAAUAAAGAAAAUUUGGCUUAUAACCGACCAGCUUGGCAGACGUCAAGCCAUGACUUAAAUGUUGGUCCUUUAAGAGCGGUUGAUGGACGGAAAACCGAUUUUUCUCAUACUGGGUACCAGUGCAGUAUAUCAGCUAAUUUACGUAAACAGGCAACAUGGUGGGUGAAUCUCACUGAAAUACGAAGCAUACGUGACGUUAUCAUAUACUACAGAACGGGAAACAAAAAUUGGGAUGAAAACAAUGGUUUCACACCCCGUUUUAUGGGGUUUUAUCUCUACGUAUCAAACACAACAAAUACGCAAAAUGGUCACCUAUGUUUUCACGACACAAACUAUACCAGAGCCACUAUACCAGCUGUUGUUAACAUUAGGUGCCCAGUACAUGGACAGUAUGUUAUUUACUACAACGAAAGGCCAAUAAAGAAUGAUAACAGAACAGAAGCUUCCGAGUAUGCAUUUACUGAACUCUGUGAGGUCGAGGUUUUUGGUUGUUCUUCUCCUAGUCACUAUGGCCAGGACUGUUCAAAACCAUGUCCGAGAAAUUGUGAUUUAUACUGUCACAUAGAAUCAGGAAAUUGUCUACAAUGUAAACCUGGCUACAAAGGAAAAAGGUGUGAACAAG